UUGAAAAUAGCAUAUCACCUCACAAAUAGGUUCGGAUCCAAAUCCACUUCACUCCCAAUCAGAGAGUGAGUGUGUGUGCAAGAAGAAGAAGAAGAAGAAGAAGAAGAAGAUAUGGUUGGACCAGUGAGACCUCAAUUUGUUCUGUUUGGUUCUUCCAUUGUUCAGUUCGGUUAUGCCAAAGAAGGUUGGGUUUCUAUUCUUUCACACUUGUAUGCUCGUAAGGCAGAUAUAGUUCUGCGAGGAUACUCGGGUUGGAAUUCAAGGCGCGCUCUGCAGGUUCUGGAAACAAUUUUUCCUAAGAAUGCCACUGAGCAACCAUCGUUGGUAAUUGUCUACUUUGGCGGUAAUGAUUCUAUUCUUCCACAUCCAAGUGGCCUUGGUCAACAUGUUCCUCUCCAAGAAUACAUCGAAAAUAUGAGGAAGAUUGCUAUCCAUCUCAAGAGCCUCUCAAAGAAGACUCGCCUUAUAUUUCUCAGUGCUCCUGCCGUCAAUGAGACACAAAUUUAUGGAAACAGUGGUGUACAGAAGAGGUCAAGGAAUAAUGAAUCGUGUCGAAUAUAUUCAGAAGCAUGUUUGGAGCUAUGCCGGGAGAUGAAUAUCAAGGCCAUUGAUCUGUGGUCUGCAAUCCAGAAAAGGGAAGACUGGCUAGAUGUUUGCUUCACGGAUGGGGUUCAUCUGUCAGCUGAGGGGAGUAAGAUAGUUGCAAAAGAGAUACUGAAGGUCCUCAAAGAAGCAGAAUGGGAACCUAGCCUGCACUGGAAGUCAAUGCCAUUUGAAUUUGGAGAAGAUUCACCCUAUGAUCCAAUUGGCCCUGAUGGAAUCACAACUAUAAAUGUCUCCAGCAACUUGACCUUCGGGGAAAAUUCAGAAGAUUGGGAGUAGAUUUAUGUGCAUUUGAAAACUAUAGACAGGCCCUUAUUCAUUGGAUUCUUAGGGAACAAUUACUAAAGACCAGGAAUAUUUAGAAAGGUGCCUAAGAAAGAGAACUUACAUAUGAUUGAUUCAUUUGAUUGUGGGGGUUGUGGCUGAAGAUUGUUACCAUCGUGUGAAAACUAGGUAAGGGACAUGCUCAUGGUUAUCUAAAACUUGGUUUGAAUGUUGAACUGGAAAUAGCUUUUAACCUUUUAUAUUUAAGAACUGGUGUGGUCUACAUUGAUUAAGCCAGUGUUCACCAAAAACAA